UGUAGGCCUCUGAACUGACCUACCCCUGGUCAGACUGGUUUUCAGAACUUUUGUUAGGAAUAGGCCUAGGUCAAAGUGCCUGAAGCGUCAGGCUUUUCUUGACUUCUGUCCUUUCUUCCUGUGAACUGCUAACCUUAGAGGAUUCUUGGGGGGGUGGAGGGGCUCAUUUGGGAGGGUUUGAGACAGGGUUUCUCUGUGUAGCCCUGGCUGCCCUAAAACUCUAGACUAGGCUGGCCUCGAACUCACAGAGAACCACCUGCCUCUACCUCCCUAGUGCUGGGACUAAAAGCGUGCACCACCACCACCCAGCAACCUUGGAGGCUUUUAAUAGUUUCUUUCUCCUUGCCCUGACCUGACAAGCAGCUUCAGAGAGGAAGCUUUUGCUAGGCUCACAGUUUAAAGGCACAGAUCAUUGCUUGAGGUAGCUGGUCACAUUGUAUCCACAGUCAGGAAGCAGACAGAGAAAAAUGCUGGUACUCAGCUCCCUUGCUUCUUUUAUUCAGUCCAAGACCCCAGCUCAGGGGAUGGUAUCAUUCAGAGAGGAUCUUCCUACUGCGAUCAGCCUGACCUAGAAACUCCUUCACAGACACCCCAGAGGCGUCUCAUUUGUGAUUCCAGAUCCUGUCAAGUGCAUAACAGUAACCAUCAUUGGGCUAGUGCACGAAUUUGAUAUUACCCACUGUCCUCUUUGGAGGCAGAGACUCGCCACUGCUUCUGGGGUGGAUUUUAGUUUGAUGUAUCCUUCCCUCGGUCUGUGGUUGGCCUUCUGUGGAGUGUGACAGCUGAGCCCUGCCUCUGAUUUAAAAAAACAAAACAAACUGAAAUGUGGGUCAUUGACUAUGAUCUUCGGGCCCUGUCUUCAGUAAGGUCUGGCGUGACUGCUGUGUGUCUGGCAUGGGGACCCAGGGGGAAGAAAAUGGGGACUCUAUAUCAUCUUUAGUAAAGAAAACGUGCAUGCUGCCUGGGAAGAGAGGUAGCCUCGAUGGGCUGCCUCCUCCUCCUCCUCUUUGUGAAUAGUAUCUGUACAGUUUUGUGUGAGCGUCUGUGCACGUACAUGCAUAUACACAAGUGUGUGUGUAGGUGACAGAGGUCGGCAUCAGGUCUCUGCUUUAGGCGCUGUCCACCAUAUUUGAGGCAGUGUCUUUCUGAACCUGGAGCUUCCCAAUUCCCAUUGCCUGGCCAGCACUGCCAGGGUUGGGUUUACAGAUAGACAGUGCUGUGCUUGGCAUCCCUCCCCCCCCCCCUUUCCCCGACAGCUGCUGGAGGAUUGAACUCAGGUCCUCAUGCUUGUGUGGCCAAGCAUUUUGACUAACUGAAUUUCCUCCACAGCCCCAGCUUUCAUUUCUUGGGUCCUUACAGACAAUAGUCUGGCUUGCGGAAGUCUUGAGUAGCAGCCCAAGGUGGUGACCAGUUGGGAGUUAGUUCUGUGGAUGUCUGGGUUCAGCUUGAUCUACAGCCUUAGGCUUGAAUAAGCAAAGGCCCUCUCUAGGUCUGAGGUGGGUGGUGGUUGGGAAAUCUCUCCCUUAGUGUUCUCAGUGCCCCUGGGUGCUGGCCAGGAUGGCCCAAGGCGUGUGUGUUCUUACCCUUCAGGCAUCUUCCAACCCAAAAAGCCCUGGAGGGCUCUGGUGGUCCUCUUACUUAGGUCUAGUUUUGUGGCUUCAAUCUUUGAUGCAGUGCUGGGGGAACAGACAGUCACAGCAGAGGGGACUUCUGGAUGUCAGGAGUUCCAGCCCUUGGACUGGGGGGAUUGGCAUGGGCAGGGAUGCUCAGAGAAGUCUAGCUGCUAAUGUACAGGGUUCUUUUUAUUUUGUUUUGACUUUUUGACUGCUCAUUUCUGUUUGUUUUCUUAGGGUAUGGAGUGCGUCCCAGUUUAUGUGUGUGCAAGUGUGCAUGAAUGUAUGUGGAGGCCAGAAGUCAAUGCUAGGUGUCCUCAGUUGCUGUGUUGGCCACACUGUCUGGCCAGCGAAUGCCAUGGAAUCUCUUGUCUCUGUCUUCAUAGUGCUGGCAUUAGAGGUGUGUACCAUCAGGCCCAACUUUGACAUUCAGGGGAGCGAACUCGGGUUUUCAUGCAUGCAAAGCAGGAUUUACCUCCCAAAGUAUAGAUUUUAAUUAAAUUUUUUAUGUGUAUAAGUGUUUUGCCUCCUUGUAUGUAUUGUGUACUACUUGUAUGUCUGGUGCCUACAGAUGUCAGAAAGGGCAUAGGAUCCCCUGGAAUUGGAGUUACAGAUGAUUGUGAGCUACCAUGUGGAUUCUAGGAAUUGAACUUAUGCCCUCUGGAAGAGCAGCCAGUGCUUCUAACUGCUGAGCCAUCUUGCAACCUCCAGAGCAUAGGUUUGGAAGCAGAUGUCUGAACAGAAAGGGGAUGGGGUAUAGGUGAGCCUGGUCGGAGCCAGCCGCUCAGGUGUGUCCAUGGGAAUGCCAGGCACAGUGACUUCUCAUGGCCCUGGGCAUCUUUACCAGCAUCCCGAGGCAGUGCUGUCCACUGAGGUGGCUCCAGUGUCUGGUGUAGCCUGGCAUUUCUGGAUCUUUUGGAACUCAGCAUUCUGGGGUGGCCUGCCCUACUUUUGAAAAUGGUCCCAUUCAGGUCUGAGAUACUAACGGGAGGUAUGGAGUGUCAUGAUGGUGAAAGAUCAUAGGAAUGAAUUCUUGAAAACCACAGUGGACCGGAAGGGGCCUGAGAGUUUGCUGACUGCUGGGCGCUCUCUCCUUUCCCCUGACAAGACGAAGCAAGACACUCUUCCAUCCUGUACCCCACCCCGCCUCCUGCAGCUGCACAGGGGCCUGUGGUCUGACAGUGCUUCCGCCUGACCUGGCUCAUGUGUGCUGAGGGCUGGGCCACACAGAGGCUCUCUCCUAGGGCUGAUGGCCGCCCUUCACACUACUCCAGACUCCCGAGCUACCCAGCUGGAGCCUGCAGAAGAUGGGUCAAAAUGCGAUGCUGACCCUGACGAGGAUGGGGCUGAGGAGGAGAAGGGGAGAGAGGAGGCAGAAGGGGAGGAAGAAGCAGAAGAGGUAGUAGUGGAAGAGGAGGAAGUGGCCACACAGGUCCAGGAGGUGGAGGUGGAGGCUAACUCAGAGGACGCUGCUGGUGCCGACAGUGUGGAGGAGGGGCUGGCAAAGGAGCAGAGGCUGAGCUUGGGGACCCAGGAGCAGCUAAGCAACGGUGGUGAUCUUAAGUCGCCAGUCCUUCAAGGGAAAGCCCUGCAGGCCUCCCGGGUCUCACCUGCUAUUCAGGAUGAAGAUCCAGAGGAAGAGGAGGAAGAGGAGGAGGAUGAGCAUUUCCUGACUCAGGGGCUGGUGACUUUUGAAGAUGUGGCUGUGCACUUCACUUUGGAGGAGUGGGAGAGGCUGGAUGUGGACCAGCGAGACCUCUACCGCGAAGUAAUGCAGGAGAACUAUGGGAUCCUGGUCUCCUUGGGAUACCCAAUUCCCAAGCCGGAUCUGAUCUUCCACCUCGAACAAGGAGAUGAACCUUGGGUCCCAGACAGCCCCCAUCCUGAGGAGGGAGACAUUGUCACUGGUGUCUAUACAGGAGCCUGGUUCUGGAACGAUGACAUAGAGGACCAUGAGGAGGAAGACGACGAGGACUUCCUUGCUGAAAUGGCAGAGGAGGAGAAUGAGCCCCCAGGGCUGUGGUCUGCUGCCUAUGGUGUGGGGGACGUGCCUGGGACUUGGGGUCCCGACGAUUCAGAUUCCGUUCAGACUCCAGACGGUUGGGGACCCAGCCCAGGCAGCCUGGGUAUCCUGGCUGAGGAGGUUGAAGCUAAACAUUUCCUGUCUGGCCGGGAGCCUAGGGAGAAUUUUCUGGCGCCCUGGGCAUUUCCCGCAGCAGCUGUCCCCAUCGGAUGUCCGGAGACCACUUGCGACGUGUGCGGUAAAGUGUUCCUGCACCGUUCGCGCCUGGCCAAGCACCAGCGUUACCAUGCGGCGGUCAAGCCCUUCGGCUGCGAGGAGUGUGGCAAGGGCUUUGUGUACCGUUCGCACCUGGCCAUCCACCAGCGCACUCAUACCGGCGAGAAGCCCUUCCCGUGCCCGGACUGUGGCAAGCGCUUCGUCUACAAGUCGCACCUGGUAACGCACCGGCGCAUCCACACGGGCGAGCGGCCCUACCGCUGCGCCUUCUGCGGCGCGGGCUUCGGGCGGCGCUCCUACUUGGUGACCCACCAACGUACGCACACGGGCGAGAGGCCCUACCCUUGCUUACACUGUGGCCGUAGCUUCAGCCAGAGCUCAGCGCUCGCUCGCCACCAGGCUGUGCACACCGCCGAUCGUCCUCACUGCUGCCCGGACUGCGGCCAGGCCUUCCGCCUGCGCGCUGACUUCCAGCGGCACCGGCGCGGCGGCUGCACGGAACCCAGCAGUGGCGAGGGUGCGGGGAUGGCUCCCCACGAGAUGGAGAUGGCAGUAGCAGCUGUAGCCACAGCGGAGCCGGAAGAACUGGAGGCCAGGCCCGAGGAGACCAAAGAGCCGGGGCCUGAUGUGGCAGACGGAGACCCAGAGGCUGAAGCCAGAGAGGACGAGGAGGUGGUAGCUGCGGCGGCAGAGGCGACGGUCCCCGAUAGCAAGAAGGACCCUGAGCCAGACAGGCAGUUCCGUGAGAUGGGCAACGGCCUGAGUGGGGGCGAAGGGCCUUCCUCGCACCCGCUCGGCUUCCACUUUCCCAUGCACCCCAAGUCUUGGCUGCAUCCAGACGGCUUCCCCAUACUGGGGUUCCCUGAGUUCUCCGAACGGCUGCAGGUCGACGGGCGUCAUCUCUCUGGCCCCCUGUGCCCCCCGCUGUCCCUGGAGGGCGCGGGGCUGGCUUGUGACCCGUUCCGUAGCGCGGGCCUCGGAGUCGGGACGGAUGGUGGCUUGCGAGCGUUCGCGCCCACCGUGGGGUCGCUGCUGGCGGAGCCCGCGCCCGCCGCGAUGGCAGAGGAGGAGAGCCCGUGGAUCUGCUCCGACUGCGGCAAGACGUUCGGGCGGCGCGCGGCGCUAGCCAAGCACCAGCGCUACCAUGCGGGCGAGCGGCCGCACCGCUGCGCCGACUGCGGCAAAAGCUUCGUGUACGGCUCGCACCUGGCGCGCCACCGGCGCACGCACACGGGCGAGCGGCCAUUCCCGUGCCCGGAGUGCGGCGCUCGCUUCGCACGCGGCUCGCACCUGGCGGCGCACGUGCGUGGGCACACGGGCGAGAAGCCGUUCGUGUGCGGCGUGUGCGGGGCGGGCUUCAGCCGGCGCGCGCAUCUCACCGCGCACGGGCGCGCGCACACGGGCGAGCGGCCCUACGCGUGCGGCGAGUGCGGCCGGCGCUUCGGGCAGAGCGCGGCGCUGACCCGGCACCAGUGGGCGCACGCCGAGGAGAAGCCGCACCGCUGCCCUGACUGCGGCAAGGGCUUCGGCCACAGCUCGGACUUCAAGCGGCACCGGCGCACGCACACGGGCGAGAAGCCGUUCCGCUGCGCCGACUGCGGCCGCGGCUUCGCGCAGCGCUCCAACCUCGCCAAGCACCGGCGCGGCCACACGGGCGAGCGGCCCUUUCCCUGCCCCGACUGCGGCAAGCGUUUCUCCCAGCGAUCGGUGCUCGUGACGCACCAGCGCACGCACACGGGGGAGCGGCCGUACGCGUGUGCCAACUGCGGCCGGCGCUUCUCGCAGAGCUCGCAUCUGCUCACGCACAUGAAGACGCACCGCGGGCAGGCGGGCGCACAGACGCAGAACACCGCCGCCAAGGCCCAGGCGCCUGCCAAGGCGACGCCGCCUCCGCCGCCACCGGGCGUGAGCACCGGGUCAGGAACGCUGCUCGAGUUCGCCGGCGGAACCAGCUUCGGCUCCGAUCCUGCCGUGUUCGCUGGGUCCUCGGGUGCCUAUGAGGAGAGCGUCUUGUGAGGCUGUUCGAAGCGCGCAGAGUCCUCCCGCUCCCCGAGGCGGGCUGAGGAUUCCCAAUCUUGGGUGCUCUUGGGCCCUAACGCCCCAAGCUUCAGAUUUCGCUUGGGUGCGCACAGGCUGCCACCCUGAUCAAGAGCGCCCAUCCCUGGAUCUGUGCUGCUGAGAUAGUGGGCAAAGCCAAUUCGUUCAUCACGGAUUCAGAUUCAGGUGGCCAGUAGGGCCAGUGGCUUAGGAGUCUGUCACUAGGCUUUCUGAGGAGUGAUGGGGAAGCCCCAUCAUUGGGAGAGGGUAAGAGAGGUCAUCCAGUUGCAUCCGGGUUUCUUGGAGGGUUUGGCUCUUCCCAGUCUCCCUAGGAGUUUCAGGGACCGUCUUCCGGUCACUUGGGUGUGUCCAUUAAGUUUUAAGAACAUGGUUCAUGGCAGGCAGAAGCUUCACUAGGUUUUGGGGGCAUGGAGAUGCGAACAGGGGAAGCUUUUGUUCUAUCAACUGGGUAUUUGUUUCCAUCUUUUGUAUGGCCUGAGAACUGGGGAGGUGUUGAAAAAGCAAGAUACCAAAUGCAUGGUCAGGUUGCGGAUGUUGGCUAGGUCCCCAGGGAGUUGGAAGCCUUAUUUGAGAAUCCUUACUCCAACCCCAUCGAGCACUGGCUACAAGGUGCGUUUUGGUAGUGGAAUCCCCUCCAAGCUUGUUGGUGCUAUAGUGGCUGCAAGCGGCACACAUGGACAUCUUUGGAGUGCCUGGUGUGGGCUCCUACAGACCUGGUCUCCAGUUCCCUAGCAGCGCCCUCCGCCGGAGCAGGUAGCUGCGGAGCCCUGUGCUCAGCCUUUCACAGCACUGGGGUGGGUUCUGGAACCUUAUCCUCAGCUUAUAAUAAGGGCCCUUUAUCCUCUGCAAGACUCUUAACUCUGCUGUAAUCACCGUACACUAGAAGCAGGUAGCGUUCCUGCUGUGGGUGGGCCCAUGGCUUACAGAGUGAUUGGUGAUUUGCACAGUGGUUGUCCACCUAAGAUAUCACGUGGACCUGAGCUCACAACGCCUUACUAUGCAAGGCCCUUGCACAGUGGAUAGCUAACUCUCCAGCCUGGACUGCUGGCAUCUAAGAUGUAGCACACACAAGCCCCUCCCACCCUCCAUGAAUUCUGGGCCAGUGUGACUGGGGGCUAAAGAAGAGAGAUUUCCACCCAACUGCGUUCCCUUUUAGACCUAGAUCCUUUGUUGUAGUGUAGACACGCCCUUGGGGCCCAAGAGCUAACGGGCAGGCUGCUAGGUGCUGGGUGGGUAGUCCAUGGGUGGGAGGAGCUGGGGUGGUGAGGGUCAGAAGGUAGCCUGGCCAGGUGAGGUGAAGUGGGAAGGCAUGGGUCCUGAUUGCUCAGCAGUGGUCUCUCUGUCCCAUUUUUUUAUGCUCUUUCCAUGUCUUCUGGGACAUGAACUUCAGAAAAAGCUAGGGCAGGGUGGGCUGGCAGGGCACCAACCCCAUUCCUCUUAUUCCCCAGCGGUUUCCACUCUGCCCCUCUUGCUGUGGGCAGGAGGACCUAGCUUUAAUAAAGAUGAAGAAACAAGCUUUGGGACUGGACUCUGCUUUUGCCCCACCUUGGUUCCAUCGUGUCCAUCUCUUUUCUGACUUGUUUUCCCCUUCUGAGAAGCUAGAAUCGAUUCUUGCCUGGCUCAUCAUGGAUUUGGCCUGUGUCAACCCCUCCUUCCUGGGAUGCCUCACACUGCCACACAUGGGACGUGUCGGGGAUUCAUUCGGCUAACCUGGGUUUAAAGAGAGGGCCUGAUCUUUCUCAGAGUGCAGAUCCAUGCCUUGGCCUUUCCUCAGGGGUUCCAGUGCUGUGGGGUUUAUCUACUCCAAAGCCACAAAGGCUUGGCCAUCCCCAGGAGUUUCCAGACAACUCCCUUUAACCUGGCUUUUCUUAUUCAGUCUCUGUGAUAGGAUCUUUUCCCAAUGGAUUUGAGAAUACACAGAUGUGAUUUGAGGCUUCAGAAUAAAGGAAACCAGUAUCUCCAUUAAAACAAGCAGUUGGGCUGGGGGUGUAGCCCAGUGGGUACAGUGCUUGCCCAGCAUUCCGCUUUUCAUCCCCAGAACUCUAUAAACCAGGCACGGCAGAGCAUGCCUGUCACGUCAGCAUUUGGGGAGACUACCUCAAACAAACGAACAAAAAUACCCCGGAUUUUAGGAGGUAGAUGUAAGGAUGGAGAAGAUGGAUGGCCACUCAGAUCUACUGAGAAAGGCCAGGCAAUUCUUUGAUAAAGCUUACCAUUGAUGUGCAGCUGGAGUUCUUCUGUUGUGGGGUAAGGAAUCCCUAAUCCAACAACUGCCUCAAAAAGUCUUUAUUACCUGUGAAAUGUGACCAACCAAAGGUGACAGCUGGAGGGUCAUCAUGGCUGGGCAUUCUCUCCUCUGCCUACCCAUUUUUAUCUUUCUCACGUCCCUGUUUUCUCAGCUUUUUUUUUAACGUUAUCUCUAUUUUACCUAUUUAGACUCUGCUCUUGCUCUCUCUCUUUUUCCUCCCCCCUCUUAAUUUUCUGUUUAUGUAAUAAAGUGGUUUUAGACUUUUAGUUAUAUCAAAGUUUUAUCUUCCUUGUUCA